UUUCAAAAUGGCGAAAGAUAGAAAGAAUAGACAACAUAGGAAACAACGGCGGGUAAAGAACGAUUUUAAAAAGAAAUUGAAAAGCCAAAAGCGAAACCUUGAAGAGAUUGUAGGAUCGCAUUCGAACGAUACAGAGUAGGUGUAAUUGCAAUUUGUGUUUGAGUGCUGGAUGACAUGUUUAUAAUGGCCACGUGCAAAUGCAUUUUGUAUUCUCAGUGAUCUGACGGACGGAUUUUGUUGUUUUUGUUUGUUCUUUAGAUGUGACGAUGGGAUUCUUGUGAAGAAACCGAAGAAGGAUUCUAGCACUACUGAGGUAUUCUAGCAUUUCUUCAUGGUUUCGCUUAGUCGAGGGUUUUAAGUAUAGUAUACCUCGGUCGAAUGCCAUGCACUCUGUUUUGGAUUGACUAGUAAUAGUGGUCUUUGAGGAUAGGUAUCCACAUUAGGCAGUAAAAUUCGAGAGAUUCUUCCAUUUGAAGGUUUUUCAUCGACAUUGUAAAGUUCCAUAACAUUUUGACGUCUUCUAUGAUUUAUAAUUGAAUUGUAAUAUCACAGCAACGUGGAAUCCUCCAUUUUGUAAUAAUCCAUUGAAUAGGGUCACCUUGCAAACUGUGGGUAUCGUAUGUCGCAGCUAUUAAGCGGCUCUUUUGGGCUUAAGUUGCUGAUUCAACCGUCAAAAUGCUGUUCUUUCAAAGAGAAAAUUCCCUCAAAGUUUCCACGAUGUGUAGAUCACACCUUUUGAGGUAUUUCUGCAAGGAACAGUUUUAUUUUUCAUUACGCGUCAGUGGAUGUCAUUGAGAUUAUUUUGAGAUGUUUACCGUCUUGUAAUAUCAAGGCAAGAAAUGAAUGAAUAAUAUCUUUGGAUCUACUGGGCAUAAUUUGCUGAUUCAAACAAUAAAAUGUUCUUCUUUCAAAAAAAUGUUUUUCCUCUUAGUUUUCCUGAUGGGUGGAUUACACCUACUAAGAUAACAAUGAGCCAUCCUGAAAUGAUUGUGAAAUGUAUAUUGUCUUCUGUUGUCUUCUGUAUGUAGUAUAUAAAAAACAAGUGCAAGGGUUUGAUCGCAGUAUCCAAAUAUCGAGAAACAAAUGAAAGCAUGAGGCCACUUCUGCCAAGUGCUCUUAUUUUUCUUGAGAUGUUCAGUUACCUCGAUCAGACCCUAAGCACAAGUGUGUUAGAUUGCUUCUCAAAUUUGCCAUAUUAAUUAUCCCGUAAAUCAUAACACUAUUGUUAGCUACCAUUCAUCUAUGGUCUCUUUGGAAUUCAAAGGGAGUACUAAAUUUACGUUAGUUUUGCUCAUUUAGUUUAUAGCUCUAUGGUUAGUUGGAGCUUGACUAUAGCAGAAAGUAUUGUAGUUAACUGGUUUCAUGUCCCAAAAAGUGGUGAAGAGGAAAGUAAACUGCUAUUAAAGAAAGUGUUCCCAAAUCGACCAUUAGUGUAGUUUUUCUUAUUUGCAUUUCAUGCUAUGCAUGGAUCUAGAUAUCCAAUUAAAACGCCUAUCCAGAUCACUAGUGAUUUGGAUAUGCAAUUUUAUUGCAUAUCAGCCUCUUAAAGGAAAAAUUAUGCCAACUGACAAUGCUUCUGGAAAAAUUUGCAAACCAUUCACUAUGAACACUGCGCUGUUUUCCCAAUAUAGAGUAAUGAAAUAGACAGUUCAGAUAGUGAACAGGAUGUUGGCAAUCUCUAUCUGGAGCUGGUCGACUCACUUGGUGCAGGUCCUGGAUCAUAUGGAGAGGAGUUGAAAGAGAAAUGGAAAGAUGAUGAGAGUGACAAAAAUGAUGUGGAAGAAAUUGAAGAGGAAAUGGUGCAAACUGAAAGUGAGGAUGAAGUUAAGGAGGCCAAUAAACAAGCGAAUGGAGAUGCAGAGGCUGUUGAAAAACUUAAGGUGUGCACUUCAAGACUUUAUUUUCAUAAUUGGUAUUUACAUAAUGAUAACAAUACUUAUAAUGAUAAUAGUGAUGGUUGUUAAAUAUCAAGGAACCAAUGAUGGUUUUAAAUGAGACGGAUUAAACCAGAUUUAAAAGAACAACAUAACAAACACGUUUAUUAUAACAUGGCAGCUCUCCCAGUUGGGCUGCCUUUCAAUGUGCAUGUGCGUAAGAAAACUGCAGGCCAAAUACAUUACAAUGGUCUAUUUACAAUAUCUUCAUCACAUAAAAAUAACUCUUCACUUUUUAACAUUAAAUAUACCCAUGAUAAUAAUAUCCUAAGGGUAGAUGCACAUAUAUGUAAUAAUUAAAAUUGAAAAACAAAAUCCUUAUUACUUAGUAUUAUUGAUUGUCAUGUACACUUAAGUUGCAAGUUUAUUGAAUUACAACCUGUUAAUAAUUGUUUCCUUACACUGCAGCAAAAUUUACUAUAGUCACUGAUGAUCCUCAUUUUUUAAAUAAAAAACUAAAGCUGCUGUAUACUCAGAAGUUCACGACUCUUGAGGAGGGUUUAGUGCGGGUGUAGAAGAAGAUCUUAAAUUAAGGGAAUUGGCAUCAUGCAAUGAUAGAUUGCUGGUAAGAAAGGUUCUCACAGGGAUGCUUGAUUUGGGGGGAAAUUUUCAGGGGUGAAUUGUUGCUUUUAAAACAAGUCUACUUGUCUUAAUUUUUUGACUUACUCAAGAAUUCUUGAAAAAAUGUUGAGAAUGAUGAAGUCAGUGAAGCUUAAACAUUAAAUUACAGGAAGAUAGUGAGGGUGAUAAUGUCAGCAAGGAUGUUGAUGAUGAUGAAAAUGGCACUGAUGAACCUGAAAACAUGGCUGAUGACUACAGAACCGAAGGUGCUGCAAGAGAAGAAAUCGAAGAUGGAGAGGAAAAAGAUGAAAGCAGUGAUACCGGAUGAAAGAGAAGGAAAAAUGGCAGUAGGUAUGUAAUUGAAUUGGUUUGUUUCCUGGCUUAAAAAAGUCUAUUUUCACUACUGAUUAAGAAAAAGUAAUAUAUUCUUAUUUGACCCUUUAACUCCCAAGAUCUGAUUGUUAAUUCUCUCCUUUAGCUGCUACAUGUUUCUUUGAAAAUUGGCUACAAGAAUUUGGUGUUCAAUCAAGAAAAAUCUUGUACCUGAUAAGUUUGAGUAAUCUCACCACCUGUUUGCUGGAUAAUGUAUGGAUAGUAUAGGGAGAAUUUACAUGUUAAUCACUCGCAGGAAUUAAAGGGUUAAGCAGCCUUGAAGACAGUAAGCUCUUUCCAGACCAGUAUUCGAGUAUAGAUAUAUAUGAGGAAGGUUCUUGUAAGAAUGAAGUACUUAUGUACUGAGAACAAUCUGGUAACCUCCCCUCUCUCAUCACUGGCUUGUUUGCUCACUUCAGGCUUUCCUCCUUUUUAUCAGGCCAAAAUAGCAGCAUAACUACUGGAUAGGAGUAUUUAGCACUGACUGACAAUGAAAAAACAUGCAAUACAGGCUAAUAACAUUGAGCUAAUAGGAAUGUUUCCUUAGUUAGCACCUAGUAGCUACCUCUGAAUUGUGGUUAGGGACAAUUUUAAAUUGGUAAGCUUCAAAUGAGUCUCGCAACUUAAAGCUGGUGUUAGAUAAUGUGGCCUAAUCCCUUACACCAUAACGUCAGUAUGCAUAUUCUCCAUCCUGUUCUCUUUACAUUUCCUAAUGUGCUGAGAAGGAGAAUUUGUUGAACAAUCAAGGUUGCUUUGGUUGAUGAUCAUUUCCUUUAUUCUCAUGACCUUAAUGUGUGAUUCAAGGGUGAUAUUGUAAGGAGAAAUUAGAUGUUAAUCACUCUUAGGGGUCAAAGGGUUAAUAUUUAGAACCAAUUGUGCAUUCCUCUUUAGGAUCCCAAGACCCAUUUACAGUGCAUUUUGAACAAGAUCUUUCUGAAACAACAGAGAAGCAACUCAGUGAUCUCAGAACUUGGAAACAGACAACAAGAAAAGUGAGUAGUGUUUACACAGACAUCUCUGUGAUAAGCUUAAUCAGGAAAUGGCAUUUAAAGAAACAUUUGGCAAAUUCAGUUAGGUGAUUUGAUAUUGAUAUGUUACAUGAUAUUCUCUUUUAGGAGUUACAGGAUAAGACAGAAAAAAAAAACCUAAUUAACCUGCUGAUAGACUGGUAGAUUCCCAUUACAGAUUUUCUUGUAUUUCCCUAUGAAACACGAGGAGAAUUUGGUCAAGUUUUGCAUAUAAAUUAUCUGAAGGCUUUAUUUCAGGCACCCUUUCCUUUGCAAGUGUUACCAAAGCAUAACUGGCUAUUUUAACCUGACCUAUUUUUAUCCUCAAUUUUUUAAUUUUUUGAGGGGGAAGGGGUAGGGAUCAUUGGCCAUCUGCAAAUCCAGGACUGUUGGAUUUAUCAUAAUUAAAAAAUCAUCAGACAAAACCGUCAUUCAAUUCCAAUGUGCAAUUCUUUCAUUUCUUCUUAGAUUCCUUCAUUUGGUAAUGUUACAGAAAUUAUUCCAGGGGCUGAAGGCUUACCCACAUUACAUACAAACAUAGAAAAGGAAAUGACAUUUGCUGAUUUGAAGGUAAUUUAAUAUUAUUUUGGCAUCUCUGUUGUAUUUUUUUAUGUAUGUAAGUUACAUCCUUUUAAUCAAUAGGUAUGUACAUUCUUGUCACCAGUUUGAGUUGGAUGAUUUAUUGGUUUUUUUGGGGGAGAAAUUUCAUGACAAGACUCUAAUAUAAGGGGUUUACUGGUAACACAAGUAUUAAGCAACACCACAUUAAGCGGUCACCCUGUAUUAAGCAUUUGGUUGUCAGAGUUCCGAAUUUUAUCCCCCUUAGUUGCUGUAAUUUUCACCUCUCAUAAGCAGUUACCUCUAUUUAGUGGUUGUGAUCACCCUUUACUGGGUCCUAACCACCUGUUUUUUAAGUCUUUUCUUCAUAAUACCCCUAAUCUAUAAAACCUUAUUAAGUAGUCAACCGGUAUUUAGUGGCUUCAACUAUAGUUUUAAUUGUUAAUUAUAGCUGCCUUAGCUACAAACCUUAUUUGCUUUUCCAGAUAAAGUCAAGACUUGCUCAUGCAUGGCAGGCAAUCAAUCAAAUACCUAACUCUGAAGGUACACCAUUUCUAAUAUAUUUUGUUUCACCACAUUUUAUCUUUUACUAGUAUUGUACAUGAAACCUCUGAGCUCAUAGUUGCCAAUCAUUAAUGAUAAUUUAGUGAGUUACAAUAAGUGAUAUUUCUACCAUUAUGAAAAUCUCCCUAUAACUAUAUGAGACCUCUCUGUUUCCAUCUUGUUGAUGAGAACUUUACUCGAGGUCCAGUUGUGAGAGACUGUGGCUGACUAUAACAUAUAUUAUAGCUUUAAUCUUCAUAAUUUUUGAGUUGUGGAUGUGGAAAGGGUUGGGGGGGGGGGGGCAAAGUUCUACUUGAAAAUUCUUACAUUUUUUCCUGUGGGGCCAAAGUUCUAACGAAAAAAAUGCAAAUUAAACACGCAAAAUCACGUGCAACUGUGAAUAAAAAAAAAAAUGCAUGAAAAUACCACAUGGCUUUUUUUCCUGUGACCUUCCUAAUAAAAGCUAAAUUUAUAUAUAUUACUAUAAGCAUUCGUAAUUGGAAUUUUUUUUAAAGGAUAGCUUUAGAAAGGCCAACAGUUUAAAAGAUAAAUUUAUUCUCUCUUUAAAAAGUUAAAUUUAGUUAUUUUAUUACCACUCUUUUUAAGACUGUUCAGUAUUUAAUACAAAGAGAUUGCUCUUAGUUUAUGGGAAUUUUUUAAAUAAUUUGAUUUUAAAGUUAGAGUUCUUUUAUCAGGGUUGUUUACUCCACUUCAGCAAGAUCUUUUUUACCAUAUCCAUUCAUACAAGGUUAGUGAAAGGCAUGUAAAAAAGAAAUGCUUGGUGCAGAAUAUUUUGGAUUUGAGCUUCAGAGUAAUUUGAAAAAUGUCUUUUCCCUUUUUCAGUUGAUUUUUCAUUUUUUCUUUCAAGAAACAACAAAAAAAUGACUUUGACCCAACCUAUAUUCUAUCAGAAUGGGAAAGUACCAGUAAUACAUGGACUGUGGUUUAGCUGAUGAACAAAUUGAGAUGUCAUUAUUUUGUAUCUGGUGUUUUAAUAGUUACACAAGAUUUAAAAGUGUUUGCAUACAAUUAUUGUGUCAGUUCUGCUCCCAGGGUGCUUUUCACUUUCUGAUUUGCCUUUUUUUCUGAUCAAUAGAUGCACUGUACAUAACAAAAUGAGAUUAUAGAUAAAGCUCUGGUGCAAAACAACGAAAAGUUGUCAUAAAUUUGACCUGGAAAUACUAUUAUCAUGAUACUAAUAAAAAUUUUGGCAUAAAAUGCCAAUCAGCAUUAGAACCCCCUUUUUCAUUGUAUAUUUUUUGUAAGAGAAUGGAAACAUGGAACACUUGUAUGCAGGUUUCUCAGGGGAAGGAGCCUCAGCAUACAUGUGAGAGAAUUCUUGAGCUUUUUUUUUUUUGACAAAUUCUUCCUUUUCUAUAGGAUGUUUACUACUCAAGCCGCACCUUCCAGAAUGGUGAUGAAAUAAGAAGGAUGUAUUGUCUACAUGCAGUUAAUCACAUCUUGAAGUAAGAAUAGAAGUAUUUUUAAUAACUAAUUUUCAGUCUAGUAACACUUCGAUGAUGUUAUAAAGUCUGGUCUGUGAAAAGAUGCAUAGCUGUUGCAAUUUCUAUGGAACCAUGUAAAUAAAUGGCGGGUACACUGUAGAGCCAAUUGUGGAAAUGAUGACAUAAACAAUAAACUCUGAAUCAGCAGACUAUAGGUCACAAAAAAGUUUCGGCUACUAGUUUGGUUACACGAACUACUGAUACUCCUGGGUUCAAAAUUUUUUAAAAAGAGGGACUUGAGGGAUAUUCUGAAUCAAAAGUUUUUUUUUUUUUUUGCAAUAUUUUAAAGAGGGGAAAGAUGGAGACUUGAAGGAUAGCAAAACUUUUCUUGGAGGGAUCAAGCAUAAAGUGUUUUAUUACUAAACCUUCCAAGGAUGAUUAACUGUUGAAUGAGCCUUCAAGCAAUUAUACAAAUGCGGGUUUCUUUCUCUGAUAGCAAAUAUCUGAGAAAUACAUCAUAAAAUUUUAAAAUACAAAAUAGAUCCAACCAAUCAAAUGAAAGGUCAUUUUUCCUCUGAUAUUAAGGGAGAAAAAACCAAAUAUAUUUUCCAAUUUAACCAUUUUUGAGCUGCCUUCAACUGGCUGACUUUACUUACUUGAGGUACCAAACCUCCCCGCCUAUGGCUUAAACCAUAUGCUAAUCAUUGAUUGCAUCCAAUUCAAUGCGUCCUGCAAUGGAGAAAAUCAAGGACGCAUGACGUGUUAGGCCAUGUGAUCAUAGGCUGGCCAAUCACAAUAAGUACAAAAGGAGCAAGGGAAAUUGCAGCUGUAUAACAGUCAUAGUUACCUUAAAUGAUAAUAGCUCAUAUAUGUUAUUAGUAAUAUUAUUUUUCUUAUCAUAAUAAUAUUAUUAUCAGUCAUGGAUGAUCAUUCAAAUAACUUUAUAAAUUGAAAAGUUUAGGACAAUAGUGCGCUUAAUAAGGUUUCACUAAGAAAGCAAAAGCUACAUUACAAACAUGCAUUGCUUUUAUUAUAAGCAGUUGCAUAACCCUUUAAGCCCUAAGAGUGACCAGUAUUUAAUUUCUCCUUACAAUAAUACCCCUGAAUCACACAUUACGGUCGCAAGAUUGAAGGAAAUGAUCACCAACUAAAGAAGCUCUUGAUUGUUUGACAAAUUCUCCUUGUCAGCGCCUUAAGAAAUGUACAGAGAACAGUAUGGAGAAUUUGCUUACUGAUGUUAGGGUGCAAAGGGUCAACCUAAUUUGUACCCCUUAGGAAGUACUUUUUGUCUGUCUAUUUCAACUGAAGUUAUAGGAACCAAAUGAAUGCGUUAUGCAAAAAAAACAAACAAACUUGUAGAUGUGCAAAAUCUGUUGGAAAGUGAGUUUGUGUAAUAAUGUAAAUUUGAGUUAUCACCAAAAAAUAUGUCUCCAUUGCAUCUUUGAUGGAAAAUACGUGGAGCGAUAAAGUGCUUAAAGUGGGCAAAUAUGGCUCUUGGAGAUUUAGAUCAAGCAAGUGUCUGUACAAAAUUCAAAGCUGAGUAGAAACAACCUAAUAAAACUGAUGCAAUUUUAGCACACCUUACUUAGAGGGUUGAGAUUCUAAAGAUUGGUGUAAAAAUCGACUUGACUUUAGGGCAACUUUACCAGAAAAAACUCUCACAGACUAAAAAAAAAGGAGAAAAAGUUACUGUUCAUUGAAUUAUGUCCAAGUGAAGAACACUGUUUGAUGUCAUUGUUCACGAUACUAUUCAGAUCAAUUUAGAAGUGAUUCCUGGAAAACUCCACGUCAGACGUAGACUCCCGCUUUAAAUCUGACACAAACAUUAAAUGCACAUUGAGAGCGAGUUUAAUGGCUGUGGUUCCGUCGAUCGGAAAGUACUGGCGAGUGAAACAACCUAUGAAAAAUGCUUAAGAAUCUGCUUCCGACUGCGGUCACUUCAAGAUCGUAUUCUAUUCCAUCCUAUUGGUGUGCAGCCACUGCGAGCCACUGAACUCGGAAAAUAAACUUUAUAGGGGUGAGAUAUCAGGGUCAUCGAAGAGACUUCGUUUUGUAAAGCUUUUGGGCAAGGAAGGUUGUGUUUUAUCGAUAGAGUCUACUCGCGGUAUCACGUUAUCACCUAGAAAGCUUUGGGCAAUGGAUAACUCUUCUCCUCUCGAGCGAGAGGACCAAGGGUCGACCCUCAAUGGUAACAAGUUUUGUUUUGUUUCCUUUUUUUACUUCCUUUUUCUUUCAAUUCCUCUCUUUAUUUACCGUCUCACUCAAAAAUAAUUUUUUUGUACUACCAUUUCUAGCACAGUAAUCGGCGUUCAAGAAGUUCAUGCACGUAGUCUUAAAAUUUGCUCAUCUCAGAUCUCAGCUGUCAUUUGAGUCUGCUUUAGUUGAGGGAGGAUGGAUGGAUUGAGUGAAUUUAGGGUAUAUUGAUCAAAAACUGGAGAGCCUGCCCAGCUCCUCCAUCCUCCCCUCAGACCUCUCACGGACAACAAAGCUAAAGUGAACAUCCAAAAUCAAAAGCGGAAGUAAAUUCACUUGACUCCUGCUAGGCAGCCGUUACCAAGAUGUUGUCUGUGAUUUUUCCCGUUUUCAUUUUUCUGGGAAAUGUUAACAAAGUCUAUUCGCCGACAGAUCAUAUACAUUGCGAGUGGUUCUGUACGAUUGCGGCUAAAAGUCCCCUAACCGCUUAUAAGGUGGAGAUGUGGUUCAACGUAAGCAAGCGUAUCGAUCAAAAGUGCGUGGCUAACACGUUAUACCGCAGCUUACAAAACACGACCACAACGGGUUACGUCUUCGUUUUACUUUCACGUAAAGAACGUGAUUACCAUGACGGAUUCAGUUUUAUGCCGUUUGAUGCCAUGACAGCUUUGGAACACGUGUUUCAGACAGAGCAAAUGAACAAUGCAUCCAUGAAGAAUGUCUCCUGUCUUCUACAACCCAUGGCAAACCGAGCCGAAAUGACUGUUUCAAAUGGACUCAAUGCUCUAAACUCGCUUCGUUUCUACAUUUCUUUUGACAACCAAAGUUGGAAUAUACCUUUCGCUGGUUACGUCCAUUUGAAGGGUAACUACUAUAUUUCUGUCGGUUUUUCGAAUGGGAACGUGUCAGAGGAUUACGAACUUACGUUGACUACCGUGUACCGUGUUUUGAGCCUGCUGAUUCGGAUAGGGUAUGUCAUAUACUUUCCUCUAUGCCUAACUCUUUUCUGCCACACUCUCGAAAAAAUAAAAAUUAAAAAUAACAACGGAAGAGAGCCUGAGAAUAGUAGACAAGGGCCUACAGAGGAACAUUACCUUGGAUCCUCUGCAAGGAAACAUCGGUAUGAGAAAGUAGAAACGGCUGCUGCUUCCCAGAGAGACACUAACUCUGGAACUGAAAGCGAGAUGAAUGAUGAUGUUGAUGUGAUUGACGUUGAUGGACCAGCUAGCCCUGUAGGUAUAAGAAACUUUUUUUCAAAUAAAGUCUUCUUGAACAAGGCAAAUAGCAACGAAAAACAGCAGAAAAAAGUAUGUUAUCGUAUGGUUCAAUUUGUGAUAUUGAUCAUGUUUCCAUUAAGUAUUUUGCUAUGGGUUGAUGCUUUUGUCUUUUGGAUACCAAGACUGUUCUCUCAAGGUUUCACCAAUCUGCCGUCUCCAUACUUGACUAAAUUAGUGUUUACCUUUGCCUUCAAAAUAGAACCAGCCUUCCUUGGAUUUCUUUUUGCUUAUGUCUUGCUAGUGUUAUCUGUGUGCUCUGAGCCAUCUUCCUUAAUCAUAUAUCCCAGUUUCAUUCGUAGGAAGCAUAUAGUUUGCUUUUGUAAAACUUUGUUUAUUUCCACCAACCAAUGGUCUAUUUGUGAUGAGUGCAAGGAAAUAAAAGCAUUAGAGGUUAGCAGUAUUCCAGAUAAAAUUCAACAGUAUUUCCAAUCAUUUGGUUGGGAAACUUUGAAGAGAAACUGGAAAGAUUUUUAUGGAAAUCCAGUCAAAAAAUCAUCCUCUGGGAACCAGGAAUAUUCACCUGCAACUUUUGAAGAAAGUUCUUCAACAAAUCAAGUAAAAGCUCUUCCCUUUUUAAGAGGGGUAGUUAAAUCAAUAAAUCGAGAAAAUUUUUUUUCCUUUUUAAGAUGGGUAGGUAAAUUACUCCUGGUCGGUAUUAUGACUCUUGUAGACUGGGUCAUUUCAAAACCAAUUGUUUCUCUUUGUCUUGGAGGUUGCUUGUUUACAGUUGCCUGGUUUGAGAAUAAGUGGACAAAAGCACUAUUUCUCUUUGGAAAGUUUGCUCUUAUUUGUUGGUCAAUUGCCUGGGUGGCAUAUAUUUCAUAUUGCUGCUCCUUAUCACUACAAAUUGCUAUCGAAAGUUUGUUAAUCAGUGGUAUGAAAUAUCCUAUUGAAACUUUGUCGUCUGUGAUCAUAUGUGUACUUACUUGGCAUUACAUUUGGAUGUUGUACAGCUUCUUUACGAACAAUUAUUUUGGCCUUUUAGGCAAGUUGUUUGAUAUAUGUAGAGAGCAUCAUUGCAAUGAAAUGAAAGAUUACACAAUAGGAUACAAAAUGUACAUUCCUAAGAAACUCUUUGAUUGUGCAUGUGACAAAUUUGAGCCUGUGACUGAAAAUUUAAAAAAGUUAGGUCUGCGCUUACUUUUAUACACAAUUUGUCUUUUCUUUUUAUUUUCAUUUGUUUAUGGGACUAAGUAUCCAAAAAAAGUUGUUCUCCCUGCAGCUUCAACAUUAUUAGUUGUUCUUCAUCCUUUGUUAUGGGAUUUUCUAAGGAAAAGAGAUGAAGAAAAGGGGCCUAAAAAUUCUAGUAGGGAAGAGAAAUUAAAAAUUCUUGCAAAAGACUAUUUUAUGGGAAAAAUUGAUUAGGCUUCAACUAGUUUAACUAAUCCCCUAAAAUCUUAUGCAACUUUUUGGCUAAUUGUGUAACAUGCAAUUAACCCCUUCACAUUUAAGAUCUGAAAGACUUGGUAAGGUAUAGCCUUUUAUUUCAUUGUUUACUAUUAAUGAGAAAAAGCAAUAUCCACCUCAACAACAAUUUUUUUUAAUUUGUGUGCUUAACAUGGCUAAGAGAAUACAUCAUCAGGUCAGUUAAAGUAUGGAAACAGUGUAUAAAAUAAAGGAAUUUUUUUAAAAAUACUGUCAAUAUCAUUAACCUUUUUUUUUAAGAGCUGAGGAAAUCAAAAGGCAUCCUUGCUUUUACAAGAGAGUAUAAUCAAGCUUAAGGUAUUAGUUGACUCUAUGAUGUGAAGAUCUGAUUGUCAAUUCUCCCCUACAGCUGCUACAAAUUUCCUGGUAAAUUAGUUUUGCAAAUGUGAUGAUAGCAACUUCUACCUAAUAAGUUUGAACAAUCUUUGUGAUUGUAAGUUUGCUGGAUUGUGUAAGGAUAUUAUGGGGAGAAAUUACAAGGUAAUCACAUCAAGGAGUUAAAGGAUUGAAGAGUUAGUCAGAAUGCAAGUACUGUGAUUAUGGUAAUACCAUCAGCAUCAACCAAUUGAUUUAGAUCUAAGUCUGGUGCAGAAUUUUAUAUUGUUUUAGUUAAUAUGUUAUUGUUAAGCUUACUGUGUCUUUGUUGUUUAACUUGAAGAAGCUGAACUGUGAACUUUUUGUAGUAUAGUAAACUCUCUGUAACUGAGAUGAGUUUGUAAAUGUGUUUGAGAAAUAGUAAGAAAGUUGUAAUAAAUUAGAAAAAAAAUCUGUUGGAUAAUUGAAUGCAACUACUGUUUGUAAUAGUUUACUUUUAGCAUGCAACCCACUUAAAAUAGCACUCAAGCAAUCUGUGAAUCCAAGUAAUAAAAUGUAUUCAUUUAUGUAUGUUAGUAGCACUAAUUUUUUUUUUAUUUGUUUUUGGUGUAAGAAACUUUUCUUUCUGUUUUUGUUUUGACUUUUUACAGUUUUGUUGCACUGUUGGGAGAUAAUAAGCACAAGACAUAAUGAAUUUAACAUCGGCUUCAAUCUUUUCCACAACAUACCACACAAUUUUGGGAGCAUUGCAAGUGAUGCUAAGCUUUUAAAUCUAAAGUCAACCUCUACUCAACCCUGUUGAACUAAAAUUCAUUAAAAUGAACGUGAAUGAUUUAAAAUUUUCAAACAAAUCAACAGAAAACUCAUAGUUACCUGCAAAGAAGUCCCAAUUACCUUUUUUCCAUUGAGGAAAAAUAUUUAUACUUGGUUUUCCCCCUCUUUCUUUAACCCUUAAUCCCAAAGGAUGAUUAGCAUCUAAUUUAUCCUUACAAUAUCACCCCUGAAUCACACAUUAAGGUCACGAGAAUGAAGAAAAUGAUCAGCAUCCAAACAAGCCCUUGAUUGUUAAACAAAUUCUCCUUGUCAGCAUCAUAGUGAAUGUAUAAAGAACAGUACAGAGAAUUUGCAAAUUGAUAUUAGGGUGUAAGGGUUUAAAAAGUCCUCCUAUUCUUAAGACUGAAUGUGUUGCACAGGACACUGUAAUAUUGAUUCUACAACCCUGAGGCGAAUUGAUGAGUGGGAUAAACUGGUUAAGAUACAUUGUUUCAAGUAUUUGUACCCACAACAAACACUUCUUGACUUAUCCAAAGGGAAACAGCUCAUUUUGUUUCCUAAGAAUUCCAAUGUCACCCAUGGCAAGGUAGAGGAUGAAGAUUUGAGGCUGUUAUUGUCAAAGGAAGGAAAAAGUUCUUCUAGACUUGCACUCCUCUGCAGUUGAAUCCUUCUCAAUGUCAAAGCAAACGUGUGUGGCCUGAGAAGGUAAAACUAGAGGAAGAAAAGAAGAACUGAAGACUUUCCUGUUGGCUCUUUCUAAAUUUCAAACUAGGAGUAUUUAUUGUAUAAAUCUUGAGAGAUUCCCCUGUUUUAAACUUAUUUUUUUGCAGAGAAACUUUAACUAAGUGACUGAUCAGGAAAAAGGGAGGAAGGGAACACUCCUCUGCAGUUGAAUCCCCUGUUUUAAUGUAUAAAAUAAGGAGCUGCAAAAGAGGCAUUUUUGUCUCAAAUAAUAUAUAUAUAUACAUAAAUAGUGGAAGAAAGUGGGCAACAAACAAAAAACAGGUCUGUUGGGAUGAACUGGUAGUUUAUGCAGACUUUUUUUUUUCUCCCAAAUAUAUAUAUAUAUAUAUAUAUAUUUUUUUUUUUUUUUUUUCAAUUUGCAUCAGUUUGUGAACCACAGGUUGUGGUUUAAAUCAGUGCAACCAGGUUAAUUAGAGCACUAAGGGGGGUAAGUUUCUAAAGAAACUGUGGUGCUGCAUCAGUGGGAGAGUAUAACAUGGUGAUUUAGUAUUAUCAACUGAGUUAAUAACGUAAAUUGGCCCGUGUAAAGAGUUUAGAAGCUGACGUUUCGAGCGUUAGCCCUUCGUCAGAGCUGAAAAAGAAAAUCGCUCUGUUGAAGGGCAAACGGUUGAAAUAUUAGCUUUUAAACUCUUUACGGUGGCCAAUUUACAUUAUCAACUAACUUGAUAAUAAUAAAUUACCUAAUUAGUCCACUAAUUUCAAAAUGGAAGCAGCCACAGGUAUUUGUCUGUCAGCUCAUUGGAAUCCCCAAAUGCUUUAGGUAGAAAGUUGUAAUGAGUACUUUUAAAUGGAAGAGAUAAACAUCAUACGCUUUCUGAAGUACACUUCAGCAGUACAUGGCAAGUCCUCAGUCUUGAAGUAUUUUUGAUAUUGCCUGAUAGGACGCGGUCAAGAGUGAUGAAGAAUACUGCAAAAAUUGUUCAGUCCUGGAAAGACAAAAAAGAAAUUGGGUAAGGAAGCAGUCAUUUUACAAAUAAUUUCAGGGAAAAAAAGCCUGUCUUCUUUCCAGCAUAUUAUAGCUUUACUUCUUGCUGCAACAUGACUACUAGGGUGAAAAGAUGAAAGAAGUUUUGACGAAGGAGUAGAGAAGUAGUGGAGCAGGGUAGCAUCCCUCGAUGAAUAAACCUUUGUUAAGAACUCUCCCCCUUGCAUGCUGAUCACUCAGGAUACCAUGUUUAACUCCAAUACUCCAUGUAACCACUAAGGUGUUGCCAAAUGUUCCUUGUGGCUUUGUAGAUAAUUAGUGUUGAUUGAAAAAAAGGUGCAGAUCUAAAUUUUUUUUACUUGUAAUUUACUUGUGUCUCUUUCCUGUUUUAUGGUUAGUUUUGCUAUUUGUUGAACCCUGACUGCCUGUGUGAAAAAAAACACUCAGAUUGGGGUUCAUACUGACAUUGGUUCUCUAAAGUUGGGUGACUUGCUGUAUUAUCUGUUUCAGAACUGUUUUUCUCUGCUACUAAGAAUCCAGACGUAACCUUUUUACUCAGUACUACUUCCUUUUGCAGUGAACUCCGUGAUCAAGGACUUACAAGACCCAAGAUUUUGAUCCUAGUUCCUUUCCGUGAUGCAGCGUUAAAGGUGGUGGAGGUUAUCAUGCACCUUAUCUGUCCAGAGGAAGGUGUAAGUAAAACAUUAUUUUGUUUAAUAUUGCACAAUAUCAGGUAACUCGCUCCUCUCACUUUCUCUCAGGCAAUAGAUAGUAAGUAGUAGGUAAUCAGAUUUCAGAAUUUGUGAUACAAUUUAAGGAGAGUAAUGUUACAGUAAAAAGCAAUAGACUACUCAUGAAAAAUACAUGUACACCGUUUAUAUUACACUUCUACCGUACUGCAAGGCUGGUUGGAAUAUAGCAAUUUUCUCUUGUCCUACUUUUGUAGGGUCAAGUUAUGAACAAGAAACGAUUCUACGAGGAGUUUGGGGAGACAGAGGACUCGAGCAGUUCAAAGGAAAACAGGCCAGAAGAUUUUAAACAGAUGUUUGCAGGGAACAUUGAUGACUGCUUUAGGAUUGGAAUUUCAGUUAUGAAAAAAUGUUUGAAGUUGUAUGCCAAGUUUUACUCAUCAGAUAUUAUUGUGGCGUCGCCUCUUGGACUGAGGACAAUCAUUGGAAGUGCAGGGUAUUUCUAAAAUAUUGCUCACGUAAAUACAUACAUAACAACUCUCCUGUAUUAGAAACAAACAUCCUUGGUUCCUGUACAGUUACUAGAUCUCUCAAAUAAGAUCAAGUUUGGUUAAUUUUUUCGCAAAGAGAGAAAAUCAAGGAAAUUUGAUUUCCAUUAGUUAAAAAUGUUUUUUUUCAAGGUUUUUAGGGAUAGUUGUGUUUUUGUGCUUGAUUUUCAAUUUUGGACUAUUUUAGUCCACUAGAGCAGUUCCCAGUCUGUACCAAGAGACUGAGACAAACAAGUUUCAGUUAUCUGUUGGAUUUUGAAAUCGACCAUAUGAUUUCAGACAAAAUUGUACUCCACGCGGUUCAAAUUAUAUAGUAAAUUUCUCCAUGUGCCACAACAAACAUAAAUUUGUUUAUUUAUGUAUCAUGCAUAUCUAUUUACAGAGAGAAGUCCCAUGAAUAUGAUUUCCUUUCAUCCAUUGAAGUUAUUAUUGCUGAUCAAACAGAUGUCUUCCUCAUGCAAAACUGGGAACAUGUUCAGGUAUGUAUUUUAUUAUAUCAGCCUCUAUAAUGAUUACGUUAGUUGAAUCAGACCAUUUUUGAUAGCACUGCAUGUCUUUUGUCGUUUUACCUUGUAUAAUUAUGGAGAGAACAUUGGCUAGUUUUGCAGAAGUGAUAACUGCAUAUUACCUAUGGAAUUUUAUCGGUUAGCGUCACUUUUGUUAAGUUAAUCACACGUUGUACUUUUUUAUCAUUUGCAGCACAUCUUUGAGCAUCUCCAUCAGCAACCAAAAGACUCGCAUGAUGUUGAUUUUUCUCGUGUCAGAAUGUGGUGUCUGAAUGGAUGGUAAGUGCAAGAGCGAGCAAAGGAUCUAGAGUGUGUGAUGACUCUUUUCUCUUGUAUAAAAAUCCUGUUAUACUUGUAAAUUCUGACUCAACACCCUGAAACAUCUAACGUUCAAAAUAAGUCAAGUAAAUGUCAACUAAAAUAUCAAGCAAAAUGAACAAAGUUUGUUCUUUGAUCUUGUGAACUUGGAAGUUUGUGCAAAAUUUUCUUUUAAACUUCCAGCCCUUUUGAGUAACUUUUAAUUGUAAAGGGCCUAUUCUUGCUCUUGAUGUAUAAUGGAGAAUUAGCUCGCAAAUUUGUGCUCUUUUAUGAUCACUAAGGUCAGUUAGCACUAGUAGCGUUGGUUUGCCUUGACUCUAUAAAAUGCCUCCUCCGGUUAAAAUUUAGAGAUAAAUCAAAUAUCUGUCAAUAACAUUGUACUGAUUUUCUUUGUAGGUCGAAGUAUUACAGACAGACCCUCAUAUUCAGCAGUUUCGUGUCACCUGAAAUGAACUCACUGUUUAACAGACAAUGUUUCAAUAUCCUUUGUUUACAAUAAAGUCUCUUUAUGGAUAACAAGCAGUAGCGAUACAUCUACAUAGUUCAGUAAAUAAUAAACACAAAUGUUUAUCAUAUUUCAUAGUGUGUCAGAUAAUUGUCAAGACAUUGUUUGUUGUCAUGAACCUUUUCGCUGGCAAUCUUUUUUUUUUUGUGUAUGUGAGAGAUUUAUAAUUUAUAUCAUUGCAUUUCCUCUUUUUUUUCGGGGGGUAGCUUUGAUAAGUCACUAAAAGAUAUAAGAAUUAUAUAGUAAAACACAUUUAUUUUUCUUAAUAAAGAAGUCACAUUUUGCUGGUAAGGUGAAAGUUUGUUCAACUGAUGUACCAGGUUCUAUUUGUCAAGUGGCCGUCCAGGUUCCCCAGGUAAGCCCUGAAGAGAGAUCUGGAUACGAUAUUACUCACAGAUACAACGCUUCAGAUUACGCAUGGAUGCGACGGUUCAGAUUACGCAUAGAAACAACGCUUCAGAUUACGCAUAGAUACGAAUCGUCAGAUUAUGCAUAGAUACAACGCUUCAGAUUACGCACAGAUACAACGCUUCAGAUUAUGCAUAGAUACGACGCGCCAGAUCUCAGUUCAACCGCCCGUCACUAGCGGAAACUAUCAAUUGCGGUUCGCUAACACUUUCUGCUUUAGAUAUGAUCCUUCCUCGCUCUCCAGGUCGAAUUGUUGGACUUUGCUCCUGCCACUGGGGUGAACUAAAGUCUGCUAUACCAAAGUUACGCAGUUAGAUAUCUAGUAGACAAAAUUGCCAUGUCCGUUGGCAAAUAUCUCGCAAAUUUUCAGAUAAUUUUUGGGAAAGGCUAUGUUACUGUUUGGGUUCUCAAAACGCACUCAGUUUCAUGAUUUCAAUUAUACUCUUCGUUGGUGGAGAUAAAAAUUCUUUGGUUUCUUGAGUAUGCAUGCUCUUUAGGGGAACUUGCGCACGAGGAAAACCUUGAUACUUUUAUAUAAAUUAUGCUAUUAACCUAAAAGUUUAUGUAGGAGUUAUGGAGUUUUAGUGAUUUCUGUUUUUUAUUCUAGACCUUCCAUCGUUUUGACUGCUCAAAUUUUUCAGAAGCCGCCAACAAGAGAUUCCAAAUCUUUAUAGAUAAGGUAAGACGAGUUCAACUGGCCACCUAUUUGUUUCACCAGGAAGGACAAUUCCUUCUUUCGUUGUGGCUGUUUGGUGUUUCUACACUAAUCGCAGCAGUUCUGAUAAGCUCCCCUCUCUAAUAAGACUCCCAUCGAGACCUUCAAGUUUCUAACAAGCUUCCUUCCUUCCCCUCCUGGGUAUUUAAUAAUCAGGGAAGCGUGUCAGAAGAUAAAUGUUGAUGCGCAUUUUGUCCUUCAAUAAGUGUCUAAUAAUCCAGCACUCUCUAAUAAGCUCCAGGUUUGCUUUGCUUUUUUUUUUCGCAUAAACAGGCUAGUAGUUGAUGAAGCACAAGUUCAAGUCGUGUCCAAGCCCGUAUCCAUUUUUUUGUUCUCAAUUUCAGGCUUUUCUUUCUACAAUUGCUUUAACUGUAGUUUACCUUUGAUGAUGAAUUCGUCACACACUGAUUGAUAGUGGUUAUUCUUGCGUCAAUUGACUCACGAUUAAAUUAAGUAAAUAAAAGGCCGUUGUACACAGCCUGCUAUGCGAGUUCUCAGAUAACUGAUUAAACUUUUCAACCAUCUUUUUCAGGUUUUACCCGAUUUCAAAGGUUCCCUUAUGGGCCACACAGCGAUCUUUGUUCCAUCGUACUUUGACUUUGUGCGUCUGCGAAAUUACUUCAAACGUGAAGGCAUAGACUGUGCGCAGAUUUCAGAGUAAGUGCUUGUUUUGCACUAAAUUCUCCUUAUCUUGAUAUACCCCUGAAAGACCAAGAUAGCCCCUCAGAGGGCCUUCCUAUGCGUGUUUUCCAUGAGUCAUGUGGUCCGAUCGUGCGGGUGAGAGUAGUCGCGAGACGGACUGUGGACAGUAGUAAUGACUAGCGUUUCGACAACCCGAGCCAAACUCAUUAUCGGAAUCAAAGAUGAAGGCGCGCAGUAUGCAGUCGAAACGUUACUUUCCACAUCAGAAGUGACUACAUCGUGAGACAAACAUAUACUUCAUUGAAAGUGUACAAAUCACGAUGGCUUUCUGUAACCUGUGUGUUACCGUAUUCAGGGAAGAGUUGUUUGCGAAGUCUGGUUCGUGGAUAGUGAUUGGUAGUGAUGGUAUUGGUUUUAAGGGUCGAUUUGCGCAAGUCGGUCUCGAUUGGUCAGUUUCGAUCAGUUGGUAAAGUGAGGUCAUUCUUUUCAGUUCGCUAGUUGUGUUAAUGUCAUGAAUAUGUCAUUUAUGUGUUUCCAGUAGUUGUUGACAUUUGUUGAGUUUAGUUUUGCAGCUGAUAAGUUGAGAGGUGGGCGCGGGUUUUCUACACCAAUCACAGAGCGAAUCAAAUCAGAUUCAAAGGAGUUUCGUACCACUCUAACCACUUGAUAAAAGAGUGCUUCAAUGAUCUUCAAAAUAGUCAGCGUUAGUUUAUUUCUACCAGAUACUCACAACCGAAAGAGAUACAGAGAGCCCGGACGCACUUUCAACAAGGAAAGAGACCGUUUCUUUUGUUUACGGAAAGAUUCUACUUCUUCUACAGGUAUACUAAUGUAAAAUCCCGCUCUAUUAAAAUCUUUCUCUGUUCUCAUUUUGUUGUUUUCUUUACAGAGCGUGAGAAUGAAAGGAGAGAUUGCUUUUCGAUUGAGGGUAGAGAAGCCAAAACUUACCUAAAACAUGGUUUUCUCAUUUUCUCAUUCUCAUUUUCAUCUCAUUUUCUUUUCCACCCAUUCGCUUCCUUUAUUAAAUUGUGAACAAUAGUUAACCCAUUAACCCCCAAGAGUGACUAGCAUCUGUUUUCUCCUUACAAUAUUACCCUUGAAUCAGUCAUUGAGGUCACGAAAAUAAAGGAAACAGUCACCAACUAAAGAAGCUCUUGAUUAUUAAACAAAUUCUCCCUGUCAGCACCUUAGGAAACGUAUAGGGAACAGUGCAGAGAAAAUGCGUACUGAUGUUAUGAUGUAAAGGGUUAACACCGAAAACAUUUUUUUCUAGGUAUCGCAUUCGAGGAGUCAGGAAUAUCAUUUUCUACGAACUUCCGCACUACUCUACGUUCUACACGGAGAUUCUAAAUUUCAUGGAUACAAGGAGCAAUCGGUUGAAGCCUCAGAUGAAUCCUGUUAAUUGUACUGUGUUAUACACAAAGUCUAAUGCGCUGCGUCUGGCUAGAGUGGUGGGUUCGCGACGCUGUAGUCGCAUGAUCUCCUCUGAAAGCCAGGUUCAUAUGCUUGUUACUGGUGAUGAGGAUGAAUGAAUGGUUGCUCAUGCGUGUUAGAGCGACGAAGGAAAACACCCCAAGGGGCCAAUAAGAGCGCAAUUUAAGAACAAGCAAGCAUCUUGUUACACCCAAUUGUACACGCGACCCAGACUGGUCCCCACGUGAUUCCAGACAUAAGGGCAAGAGGGCUGCCUUAACGUACGGUGAAUCGUGGUGAGGUAACACAUUUGCAAAUGCGAGCAGAAAUGCUGUUUGGACUUGCGUAAUGGCCAGAAGAUUGUACUAUCAUGGCGGAAUCUAAUGCGAUCAUAUCUCAGCAGACUCAGAAAAUGACAUUAUCAAUAUGCAACAAAAUAGUUUAAUUCGAAACUUUUCCAGUGUUAAAAAACUUUACGCAAGUGUCUUGUCGUCUAUAACGAAAUACGAAACUUCUUACGAAUCUAUUUGUGUUAACUAACAGAACUUUGUGUGAAUUCCCUUCGAAACAAACAACUAUCACCCAUACGAACACUGGUACAUCAUGGAAGGUAACAUUGCACAACUCGAUCAAACGUUUAAUCAGAUAAACUAGUUUUACCAUACAUACAAACAAUCGAUUAAUCAUCAGUCAGCGAGUCAGUCAAUCAUUCGAUCGGUAAGUCAAUGACUCACUGACUCAGUCAGUCAGUCCAUGCAUCAAUGAAUCAAUUAUUCAGCAAUCAUUCAGUCACUUAAACGG